CGCGCAUGAGCAGUGAGGCUUGGAGCCCGCCAGCCCGUGUCUCCGGCGCCAGCUACGCCGCUGUGGCUGUCACUAUGGCCCAUUACAAAGCCGCCGACUCGAAGCGCGAGCAGUUCCGGAGGUACUUGGAGAAGUCGGGGGUGCUGGACACGCUGACGAAAGUGUUGGUAGCCUUAUAUGAAGAACCAGAGAAGCCCACCAGUGCUCUGGAUUUUUUAAAGCAUCACUUAGGAGCUGCUACCCCGGAAAACCCAGAAAUAGAGCUGCUUCGCCUAGAAUUGGCAGAAAUGAAAGAGAAAUAUGAAGCUACUUUAGAAGAAAAUAAAAAACUGAAAGCAAAGCUUGUUCAGUAUGAACCACCUCAGGAGGAGAAGCGUGCUGAAUAGGAUUCUUCUCAGUUGAAAAGACACUGAAAACUGGUUUUGUAUCACUUGAAUAGCUUGUAUAGUAUAUGGUCUUUCCUGAAAAGAUGCUAUAAACUUUUAAUAUGUUAAAUUCACUCAUCACACUUUAAUGUUAUAAACACAUAUACAUAGAAUCACCAAUAAAAACUCAAUAUAACUUUCUUUGGGUCUUAAAGCAGGAGAAUCCAAAGUAGAUCUUGAAGAAAAUCUAAAGAGCCACAUAACUUUUUACCUUAAAAGACAUUUAUUUAUUAUCCCCUUAGGAAUGACGGCACUGGUUGUAUUUUAGCUAGGAGAUUGAGCAUGGAGCUAUUCCUUGGUCCAGGACUUGAGCAUAGUAGGCGCACUCAUUCUUGACAGCGUAUAUUUCCUGUAGACUGCUGGACAUAUCUGUGUGUACAAUGUUUUUGCAUGGGUUCCCAUGCAUCUUCUGCUCUUUUAUAGAAAUAGAGAACAAACAACUCUCCUUUGCCACCACUUUGCCUUAGAUAACUGUGUGUGCCAGUAUGAACUGUGACACCACGUUUUCUUUCUAUGCAAUCAUGCCCAUCUGAUAAUGCUGCCUUGCUGUGUGUGCUUUAGUGCAUUCUGGUUGCACAUUAGUCUGUGUCAUUUUCAGUUUGUAUAAUGCUGCAGCUACCUUGAUUGUAAUUUACAUAGAUUCCAACAGAACUACACUCUUACCCUGCCUUCCUUCCUUCCUUAGUUGAGCACAGAAGAGAGAUAAAAUUCUGGGUUCAUACACAGACUGGGAUGGGAAAGGGGGAUGAACCAUUAUUUCACAGAUAAUUAUAGCAUGUAAUUAUACAGUGAUUUCUUUCCCCUCACACAUAGUUUUUGAGCCUUGAAUUCAUUUUAUCUUUAUUAUCCCUGUGAAGUAGGUAGGGCAAAUAAAGGGAAGGUUGGGUGUUGAAUUUUUAGGCCAAAGACUGACAUACAGAUUUGUUGCUAACUGUAGAAACCUGGCUAGGUCAGUUAAUGGUUUGGAGAUCCACUAUUCUCAUCUGUACCAUGAAAACAUUUGCUGCCUACCUCACAGGGUUGUUGUGAGGUCAAAUGAGAGAAUGUAUAUGAAAGAUUUGUAAAUGGUAAAGUACUUGUUUUGUUAAUCCUUUUCUUUCUUUUUGGUAGGGGACAGUCUCAUGUACCAAGGGCUGGCCUUUAAUUCCUGCCUUCAACUCCCAAAUGCUGGGAUUAUAGGCAUUCCCCACUACAAUCUGGCCCUUUCCCUUUUCUCUGGGAGGAAUCACAGUCAGAUGUGUUGCUGAUAACUUGCUUUCUUCACUGACAGCAUAAGCCCUUAUAUGUCACACCUUCUAUCCUUAUUGUUGGGCAGCUUGUCUUUAUAUUUUGAUCACAGCACACAUCCAAUCAAAGCUGGUUUAACCAGUCGAGGUACUGGCACCUGCUGGAAACUCUGACCAAGCCAUUUACAAGGGCAUUGUAAUCAGUCAUGUUGGCAGGAUUGUGGCAACGGUCUGCAUUUCUUCUAGUCACAAGUUUGUUUCUGGAGGGUCGCCAGAUACUACUGAAAAAAACAUUCAGCUGGUCAGAUUCUCUUUGUUUACCAAUUUGGGUGCCUUCUGGAUGGAUAUCACUGGGCUAGGUGCUGGUGUGGUAAAGAUCAAUUCAUUAUGCAACACAUACAUAUGCAAACAACUACAAGGUGGAUUAGGAUAAGCUAAGAAUUGUAGGAAUAACAAAACAGAGCCCGUGAGAAUUUGGUAGAGAGGGGACUUAGCUUCUUCAGGUACUUUGUUUGGCCAUCAUUUUGUUGAUACCAACAACUAUAUUUUGUUUUCUGGCUACUAGUCUUUUUUUUCUCAUCAGGCCAUUGGGCAUGGUUAGCCACCAAAUUCAGGUCCUCUCUAGGAACAGUGCAUGCUUUUCACCAUUGAACCCCCCUUCCAACAUUCUUUCUAUCAAGGACUUGAAUGAAGACUGUAUACAAGACGAUGCUAAAUGAAACAGGAAAUGUAAGCCAUCAGUUCAGUUCCCGCUACACUUCAGCUGCUUCAUCUAUAAAAUACAAAUUAGGGGCUAUACACUUGGCUCAUGGGUAAAUGUGCUUGGGUGCAGGUCUGAAGAAUUUAGUUCAGUCCCUGAAUCCCACAAGGUGGCAGGAGAAUCAUCUCCUGAGAGCUGUCUUUCGUCCUUCCAUAUGUGCAUACCUGCAUGUACAUAAUACAUAUAAAAUUAAAAAGUUACGACCAAACGUGAUGGUCCAUGCCUAUAAUCCUAGCACUUGAAGGCAAGAGGGUCAGGAGUUUUAGAGUCAUCUCUGACUACAUAGUAAGUUAGAGGCCAUCCUUGGCUAUGUAAGACUGUCUCAGUAAUCACCCCAAAAAAGAUAUGUGUGUAUUUGUGUAUGUAUGUGUCUUUACAUCUUGCCUACCUUACAAGGUUGAUGUCAGGAUCAGAUUAAAUACAUUGGAUAUGAAAGUGCCUUGCAAACUGUAAAGAACUACCUGCAGAUCAGUCAGUAGUACUGCCACAUCUGUAAGUACCGUAGCAUUGGAAAGGUUGGUUGUAGACUACUUUGGAACAGGUUUGAACAUUAAAAUCUGGAGUACCUAUACUGCUGGGUACAAAUAAAUAUCAGGUCCUAUAGUGAGUAAAGUAUAUAGUUACACAAAGUGAGUAGGGUUUCUGAUAAAAUACUAGUUCUAGUGAUCUCUAAUGUGAACCAUUUAUACUCCAAGGAAGCUUAAAAAUCCAUUUUGGAGAACAGAAAUAUUGUCCAGGUACUAACUAAAAAGUCUUUCUAAAAGUCCUAUUGUUACUCUGUAGGUACCAAGCAUCUGAGGGAUGCUGACAAGCAUGAAUGCCUUUUAAGGAAGAAUGAUCAAUAGGGAGAAGGGAUGUGAAAGCAUGGCUCAGUUGUUCAGUGUGGUUGUCAGCAGCUACAAAAUUCAGUUCCUCAGUCACACCACCAGCACUUCUAGCAUUCAGUGCACAUGUGGCCAGCAGGUACUCUCCUGAACAGUAUAAACACAAGACCUCAAAGUCUUAUAGAACAGUACUGUAGAAGGAAUGAACGAAGCAACUGAAGAUAACAGGGAACUGAGAAGACUUUUUGGGGCCUGGAACUCACUGUUCUAUCAGGUUGAGAGACUUGGUGUGUAAUAAAGACUGUAGUAGUAGAAGGACUGUUAAAAAGAAGUGACUAAUUUUAUUCCACUUUAAGCUUUGAAGAGUUUGACUAUUGGCUUGAAGCUUUAUUUUGAGACUGACUGAUAUUAUAGCAGGGAAUAACCUUGAACUUCUGGUCUUGCUUUCGAUUCCUUGGUGCUGUGAUAACAGGCAAGUGCUACCAGGCCUGGAGUUAGGCAGUGCUGCAGAUGGAACCUAGGGGUUCAUGAAAACUAGGCAAGCAUUCUACCAACUGAGCUGUAUCCCCAACCCUUGAAUAAGAAACUUUAUAAAAAUUAUUUAUUUUUA